AUGUGCUGUGACAGGAGUGUUGCAGCUACCAUGUUUUCAAUCUACAUAUUCUUGGAAACUGAAUCUAGAGAUCCAGAAAAAGAAAAAGAGGCCCUCGACUGGGUGGAGGCUAUCCUUGGACAGCCAGUCGACAGGAAGAAGCCUUACGAAGAGGUCUUGAAAGAUGGUACAGUUUUGUGCGACUUUAUCAACAAACUUGCGCCCGGAUCUGUCAAAAAAAUCGAAAGGAAAGGUACAGGUUUUGUCUUGAGGCAGAACCUCGAACGAUUCCAAGCCGCUCUAAAGAAAUAUGGGGUACCAGAAUCGGAAACGUUCCAAACAGUUGACUUGUUCGAACGCAAAAAUAUUCCUCAAGUCACUCUCUGUCUUUUUGCUCUCGGCAGAAUCGCUCAAACAAAACCUGAUUACACUGGCCCAAUUCUCGGCCCCAAAAUGUCUGACGAGAACGUCCGUGAGUUCACUCAGGAUCAGCUAGAUGCAGGUAAAAACGUAAUCAGCCUUCAGUAUGGAAGCAACCAAGGUGCAAGUCAAGCAGGCAUCAGCAUGGGAAAACAAAGAAUGAUCGCAGAUUAA